UCUCACACAGUCAAUCCGUUCUCGACCGUCGAAGAAUCCAACUAGUGUUCUCACGAUACAUCCAGCUAAAAAAAAAAAUAAACAAUUCCUCAAAUUAUUUUACUGAACACGGUCGUAUUCAAAUAUUUUAUCGACAUUUUUUCAACUCUGUUUUUCGGAUUUUGUCCUCCGCAAUCAACGAGUAACACCGUAGCCAGUAUACGUAUUUUUGUGCUGAGUUUUCUACUUACCUAAAUACCUACAAAGCGAUUGCCAAUAUGAGAUUCGCGAUAAUCGGAUUCUUAGUGCUGGUGAUGGGCGCCGCCGUUAAGGCGCACAUACACUUCAUCAGGCUGGCUUUGCUGGCUGCAAUGGGGCUGGCCGGCAUGUGGAUGAUGCACAAGCUCGCACAAGACUGGCACAAGAUUUCGUCGUCUGGCAAGCCCGCCAAGCCAGCAGCCAUGGCUGGAAAGCUUUUGGGGCUCUGGAAGAGAUCUUUACCCGACGAGCACGUUAAUGCGUAUGUCGAAGAGUCAUUGUACGAUUUCUACAAAUUCGACGAAAUUCUCAGGCAAGACAGGUCGACGUGUGCGAGGAAAAUGAUAUGUCAAAUUGCGGCUACACCUGAAAAUCAACUCAACCAAGUGGAGACCAAUCUGCUCAAACUGCUCAGCCCAACCGAACACUUCGGCGAAAAUAUGGCAAAGAACAUAUUCCGAAAGGCCAUGGACUUGGGACGGAGUAAAAAGGACGUGAAUGCUUGUCAUUUAGAGUAUAAAAAAUGCAGAUUCAACACAAGACAAAUGUUUAAAUUAUUCACUUCGUUUAUGUGACCCGGACUCGUCAUUCUGCAUCCAUUUGGUUUUUGUCAAUUCGAUGCGAGCCUGUAAAUUAUGUGCCAAAUACGUGUAUUCUUACUAUUAUUAUUAUUACUAUUAUUUUUAUUAAUAUUGCUGUUAUUGUUAUUAAACAAUUUAAUAGUCAA